AUGACAGCCCAUACAAGGUUAAACAUUGCAGCUCUAUGUGGAGUCUUUCGAGAUAAGGAGUCUUUCGAGAUAAAAGAUGUCAAGACACUUAGAGGAGAGCACUUGUCUAGGGCCAUUGGAAGACUGUCCGGUAAAGGUGGUAAAACCAAGUUUGCUAUUGAAAAUGCUACAAAGACUAGGAUUGUUAUUGCUGAUACUAAGAUUCAUAUAUUGGGGUCUUUUGCCAAUAUUAAGGUUGAAAGAGACUCUCUUUGCAGCCUUAUUUUAGGUUCACCUGCCGGAGAGGUAUACUCAAAACUAAGAGCUGUUUCUGCUAGAUUGGCAGAGAGGUUUUGA